GUGCGGUCACCCGCCGUUACCGUCAUCAGCUGCAGCUUUUUGUUUGGUUUGUCUUUCACCGUUUCACAGGCACUAAUCUAUUCUUCCCAUCGCAGCUGGUAUGCCGCGAUUCGAUUGCACAGUUUGCAUUUCGUACUCCACACGAUCUCUAGUCUUCCUUGAUCUGUCAGCAUAUGGUAUUGGUUUCCAUCGUUUCAGCUGAAUUGUCAUGGUAGAGUAAUAGAAUCCCACCAACUCCCGCACUAUGUAAACGAUCAGCGUGCCAUCGAAGGGAGCGGAUGCUUUUGCCAGAGGCUCGGUUGUGUGGUGGCUCCGCUCUAACACAAAAUUCUACACGCAACAAUCAACAAUGUCUUCCAAGAAACCAAAAACGACAGUGCCACCUGGCCCGACCACUACCAAUGGUGUGGGAAUAAAACGGCUGAAUCGUAUGGCACCAAUGCAGAAAGACCCGUUAACUGGUUGGAAGUGUCCGUUGUGCACGAAUCAGCGGGAACUGGCACCCGAAACAUGGCUCAAGCACAUGGAAGCGCACGCUGCAGCCAUGAAGCAUGCUCCAUCCACGGCAUCGGACGGGGCGAAAUACAUCAGCUCGUUGGCCUAUGCCCGGAUAUUCUCCUUCUAUUCGCGUGCACUGCGGGUGCGCCAUACGCAUCCACAAUUCCAGGAACUGGCCAAAAAGAUUGCUACGGUCGCGGCCAAGUUUCGCCCCUUUGUUAACUGGAAUGCAGUGCUUUCUAGGACGUCACGGCCCACCAGUGUGUCAGUUUCCGCUGGCGGCCGGACGAUAUCCAUUGGCCCGAAAGUGUCUUCUCAAACCCAAGGAUCUCAUGCGAAAGACCACUCCCCGAAUGUAUCUGGAUUGUCAGUAGACUCGUUUGCGGACGACGUUUGGAAUGGUAAAAACAAAGUUGUGGAUACCGCUGCUGUAGAGAAUCCAUCGUCUGCUGCUGGCGACACGCAUAAACGACUAGUGGAAAAGGAGGAGGUGUGGGCAGCCUUGGCCAUUAACUCCCCGGUUCCCCGUUCGCCUCCAGAAUUCCCGGGGGUCAUGCCUGUGAAUGCUGUUAAUCAUGCCAUAACACUCAGCACCGUGGAAUUCCAUACUACUCAAGACAUACUUAUGGAUAUGAAUAUCAGCAAGUCAGCCACCGCUACCACUCAUCAAGGACCGGUGAUGCCGCAGCUUGUGUUGUCGCAUAUUAACCUGCCUCCAGGUAAAAACAAUGAUUCGGAUACGGAAACUGUGCAGAGUGAGGAAAGGACUGAAAAGGUGAUUGACAGCAGCGCUGAUCCAGUAGUUCCUGUUGCUCAAGAGAUUAUGCGCGAUGAUCUGAUACCGAAGGAUGCUUAUAUGGAGUGUGAUGGAGUUGCUGUGAGUCAUGUUGGAUCUCGUGGUGAUAAGGAUGUUGCUCAGCAUGUUAUGGACAAUGCUCAACCUACUGCAUUUACUGGAAAACAGUCAUUCUCGCGGUAUGGCCAACGACGCCGCGGUUCGCGUGUUUCCGGGCGUGGAAUCUCAACUGGCAUUCGCGGAGUGAAAACGCUGUAUACAUCGGGACUGCGCUAUCGACGACGGUUCGGACUCAAACAACACAGUGUGCGCCGGAAAGGAAAACGGCGAUUGCCGAAGACUGUGACUGCUCCCAAGUGUUCUACGGAUGAUUUAUCGGUUUUAGCCCAGGCCGCGAUGUCGGACAUGUCGUUUUCGGUGCUGGUUCUUCACGCUCCUGCACCAUCGAAGAUGAUGCUCUUGAAUCCGGAUAGUGAAGGAGAAGAGCUGGAGUUUGUCCUUCGUGAAGGCGAUGAACGCCAGGAGAUCGCCUGCUUGGAUAAAGAAAUGCUGGAGUCCUACUUUAACCAGCGUGAUGACAACACUUUCGAGUGCUUCCACUGCACGUUCACCACCCUGGACAAGUCGGACAUAUACUGUCACGCGGCCGACCACAUGCUGAAUGCUGUGCGGGAUUCAGUCAGUCUACCGGAAAUACAACGUAAUGUGCAGGCACCUUUUGGCGACUUUCCAUCGGGUCGUGAAGUGGAAUACGACAACGGGUACGAUUCGGAACCGGAUUCGGACGCUUCCGAUGCUGCCGAUUCUCCCGCUAUAUCAACUCCGGAAUCAGUGGCGACGGCGCGUGUGACGCGGAAACGCGGUCGUCCACGAAAAAAUGCGUUGGCGAGUUCGGAUGCGUCGUUGACGUCUCUGGAUGCGGGACCAUCGGGAUUGCAGUCUGAGUCACGCGAUACAUCGCGCUCAACCCGUUCCAGCUCCCUGUGUAGCGAGGAUAAUUCGUCGAUGGAGAUGGAUGAUGAGAGAGUGCAUACGCGGAGCAAACAGCCAAAAUGUCCAGCGGGCGUUAAAGGAAACGGGAAGAAGACAAAUGCGACGCCGUAUCACAACAGGUCGCAUGCCCUUUUAUACCGCGUUAAUGGAUUCAGUCUGUACCAGUCGGAGUACUAUAAGUCCCGUGAUGGUGCCGCGCUGAGAGGCCUUGACAACCCCAACAGCGCCGUGGGCCUCAUAUGGAAACGGGAACCGGCCAGUGUCCGCGAGAAAUGGUCGCGCCGGGCACAGCGACAGACGCGCCUGGUUAAUGAAAUCAUGCACAAAAAGGGCUUCCGCCAGCCUUUCAAGGAUUUGGCGGAGGAUGAGAAAAGGAUGCUAGUUAGCGCGGCACUGCGUAAAAUGAGAAAGGGCUCUUGGGCGACAGAUGACAAACGGGGAUCGCAGUUGUCUACGCCAACCAACCGAGCGGGAUCAUCUGGUUCACGAGGAAUGCCGGUGUCACGGGAAACAUCCGUAGCGCGCUCCACCCGUUCGCAGGCGGUGCGAAAACAUGAAGCGGUCCCGAUCAAGGUGGAGCCGGAAGACGAAGUGGAAACUGGCCGGAAGCCACUGAAACGAAAAGCGGAUGGCAGAGGAAUCGGGAAGAAGAAACUGGCCACACCCAGCGAAAAAGUGCAGGUGACUAGUCCGAGGUGGCGAGAAGUGUCAGGAUCGCUGCAGCCGGAUAUCUGUAUGGAGGCUAUGGAUCUGGAUUCGGAUGCGGAAAUGGAGGGGCACGAGCGACCGGAUUGGGAGCCGGUGCAGAAAAAAGCCAAGAAACCCCGUCGGCGGUGUACGAAACAGAAAGAGGAAAGUAAACCUGUGAGCCGGAAAGGACAGGGUAACUACAGUUGCAACGGAUACGGCCUGUUUGUCGGAUAUAUUUACGAGGUCAUGGUUAAGAAGCCAGGCCUACAAAACACUCAAAGCGCCGCCGACCUGUGGAAAGCCAUGUCGGAGACGGAGCAGCAGCGCUGGAAGCAGAAGGCGGACCACCGGAAAGCGGCAGUGAAGGAGCUGAUGAAACAGCGCGGUACUAAGCGCUUCUGGUCGGCGCUGAGCAAGGAGGAACAACGGGACAUCUUGGCUGCGGUCUACAAGAUGGAGAGUGAGGCGACAUUCGACCGGAACGAGUCGGAAGGUAGAUUGUCUGAUGAAAAUAUUAACUUAUACUGUACAUUCAUUAUACAUACAGCAUACUUGUACUCUGCAUUACAUCUACCUAAACACCGGCAAAAACAGACAUUGUAUUGUACAUUAAAUUGUAUCAAAUAAUAAAUAAUGCGUUGCAUUCAGUAAUGUGUUGUAUUGUAUUAAUUAAUAAAUGAGAGGAAAUUGGAAAGGAUACUUUUUUCAGUGUCGCUUAAAUGAAGUUCAAGUUUCUUCUGGAAGUGAGUCGAGUAUUUAUUUGCGUAAUUUAUCUGAGCAAUGUCUGUAAAAUUACGUGGUAAUUAUUUGGUUUAGUAUCAAACAGGGCAUAACCCUGAAAUUGUGGAUUUGCCUUUAACCGCAGUUAUUAAUGUUUUCUCUAAACAACAUCUGGUAUUUCUGAUAAUCACACGUAAUACCGUUUUUUUGCAGAAUCCCCGUGUGCGAUUGAUUGUUGAAUCUGCGGAUUACUUACUCGUUGUAUUUAUUUGAUGACUAAUUUUGUGAUGUUCAAUAAGCUGCGGUAUUCCUAUAGAUUAACCAGAUUUGCGGAUAACUGUUUCACCAUGUUUUUAAUGUUGCAGGAUUUAUUUUUUUAUUGUUUUCUGACCCUUGCGAUACUGGAUGCAUCUAGUGCAUGGGAUAAUGUGAUGUUAAGAUGCACUUUGCUUUAUUAGAAUUUUUUUAUAACCUUAUCGGUAUUUCGUGUCCAUCUUAAUGUCGGUUAAUUAAUCGUUUUCAGCAUUUUUGUAUUAGUGCCUUUGCCCACCACUAAUGGUAUGAUCUGUUUUUAUCUGUGUUUGUUGGUGUAGAUCGGAGUAGAUCCCCUAGAGGCUUGUUUUGUUGUUGACGACUGUGGUA